AUGAUAAGCUGUAAUGAUAUCAAAUCAAUCGAAUCAGUCAAUAAUGCAAGAAUUUAUGCAUAUCGUGGAGAGAAAAUUGCUGGUUUCGAAUUACAAGGCAUCCGAAUGAUAUGCUUACCACAGGCUUAUCAAACAUUUUUAAAAAAUGUUAUCAGUGGUCUUCAUAUUGUUCACAGCAAACUAAAACGUCUCCAAACUCGACUUGUUAUUUGUAACGUUGAACAGAUUCGAGCAUUACGAAAUUUGGGUGCCAUUCAGCAAGGUGUUAAUCGUUGUAAAUUAAUUUCUUGUAGUGAUUUCGAUCAAUUAUAUGAUGAUUGUUAUAAAAUUCAUCAUCGAUCGGGUGGUUCAGCAAAACGUUCCUUAGAACGGUUGAAUACGCAAAAUGAUAUGAGUAAAAAACCGAAAUACACUUCGGAUACUAUUGAAUCAUCUGUAAGUGUUGAAGGAACAGUGGUACCAUUUACAACAACAACAACCCAACAGAUUGCCGUUCAACAUCUGAUGGCUGCUACUGCUACAGCUAUUACCGCUUCAGAAUCAUUGCCAUCAACUGAACAGACAAUGGAUAUAAUCAUUCCUGAUCAUGAAUUCAGCGCUUCAUUAUCAUCGAUACCGUUGAAUUUGACUAAAAAUGCUAAUAAUCAUCAAUACGAGAAUGAUAGUAACGCAUCGCAGAAAAGAAUUUCGAGCGGUAAUUCUAAAUGCAUCCAUCAAAACGAUUGUUCCAUUCAGGAUGCAUCAACUGAAUAUAUGGAAGCUUCACAAGUUAUGCUGAGUAAAUUAAUCUCGCUGAUUGAAAUAGCAACGUUGAAUUUAAAAACAGAACAUGAAUUGAUUGAAAAUGAGAAAUCAUUUAUAUGUAAAUUAAAAAAAGAUUUUGAAUGCAAGCAGAAUGAAUACGAUAAGAUAAAGCGUGAAUUAUCCAUGGAGCAACAAAAAGCAAAGAUUUAUUUCCAACGUUAUUGCAAAGCAAAACGUGAAUCGCUGAAGUUGAAGGAGAAAUUAAUCGAUUUAAACGACCAUAUAAAUACUACUGCAAAAUGCGAAUAA